AUGGCGAUCGAUAAAAUUGUUACGGACCCAAGGCUUUGCGCAGUCUUGCAGAUCUCAGACCAGGCACGCGACCAGGCUAGCGCACUCCUCACUCUGGGCGAACAAUCAUACAGCGAAGGGCCUCCUUCAGCAGAAGCGCAAGCUGAAAUCGCCAAGCAGCAAAAACUCCUUUUCACGACCAUGGCGCAUCUGAAAGGACUGCACCGAAACGUCUGUUUCUCCGCACGUGAGACCAAGUCCCAGACUGCCGAGUCGCGUCAAGAAGUCGACCGCCUGCAUCUCCAGCUUCAGAAUCUGUAUUACGAACAACGACACCUCCAAGGAGAGAUUACAGCAUGCGAAUCCUACGACCACAAGUACCAACAAUUACCUCUUAUUCCUGUCGAGGAAUUCCUUGCCCAGCAUCCCGAACACGAGAAUGAUGACGAGAAUACCUUGAUGGUUGCGCGCAUAGAUCACGAACGGUCUGAGCGUGAAGCUCUGGAGCAACAGCGACAGGAGCUGCUUAAGCGAAAACAGAAGCUGAUUGCGGAUAACAAAAGAAGGAAGGAUGACCUUGCCAACUUGGAUAAUGAUUUGGAAAAGUUCAUUGAUGCAAGUUUCUUGACGCCGGCUGCCAAACCGAUUCAGAAGCUAUUUGAAAAGGCACCCUAA